GCUCGGAGUGUUCAGUAACAUCGCGGCUGACCUACCGGUAGGCGGACCGUGCGAUGGCAUGUGACGAGAUGACGCGUCGUAGUGCGUAAGUAGACAGUUGACGGCGUCGGUUGGUCCGUUCGAGCCGGUUCGAGCGCCCAGGGAGCUAUAUGGAUUAUGAUUCGGCGGCCAAUAAUGCAAUUAUGAACCAGCUUUGCAAGGUAUGUGGCGAACCUGCAGCUGGAUUUCAUUUUGGAGCAUUCACCUGUGAAGGAUGCAAGUCCUUCUUCGGCAGAACCUACAACAACAUCAGCUCGAUCUCAGAGUGCAAAAACAACGGCGAGUGCAUCAUCAACAAGAAGAACCGCACAGCCUGCAAAGCCUGCCGCCUCAGAAAAUGCCUUCUGGUAGGCAUGUCCAAAAGCGGCUCACGCUACGGCAGAAGAUCCAACUGGUUCAAAAUCCACUGCCUGCUGCAGGAGCAGCAACAGCACUCCAUGCAAACCCCCUUCAACCCCAACGUGCUGAAAAACCCGUUCAGGCCGCACCCUUACGUAUCCCCCUUCUUCCAGAACACCCAGCUGCCUUAUCUACCCCCAAGAGACAAGGAGAGACUCUCCUCGGAGUCAGACAGCGGGGCCUCGUCCACGGAACAAGAGGAAGACCGGUUGAAACCUGUUGCUUCAACGUCACCUGUCAACGCUAACCACAACAAAUCGCUGCCUUCGUCUCUGAGCGAUUCGGAAUUCUCGACGAGGCAUCACAGGGCGCUCAGCAUAUUCAACCCGGUCCCAUCAGUCUCUCCUUUAUCGUUACCACCAAUGUCUCCCGUUGGAGGGGUUCCCAAGUGGUCAUUCGUUUCUAGGGGGUUCUGGUUUCCUCCACCUCCGCAUAUAGCAUCGCCUGCCCCACCUGAUCAAGAGGAACCCAUGGAUUUGUCCAAGAAGUGUAACGAUGUCGUUACUAACCGUGUGAGUCCUACUGAGCCUUCUAAAGGAGACUUGGAGGUGCGGAGAGAAGACCUCAAUGUGAAAGCCUUGCCGUUGGAUUUGACGUUAGAAAGACAGGGUGAAAUGACUUGAGUUUGUGUUUUAGUUCUAUAUCGCUGUGCCUUAUCAUGAAUAGGUUUCAAAGGUUCCUCUACAUCAUUCUAGAAACAGUUGAAUAGUGAAUGGUUGAAAUGUUGCAACGCGAGAAGACAUAUCGACAUUUCGACAUGACACGUGUAGGUACAAUUCUUUAAAUGUCUAAGCAUCAGUAGGUCCAGACUACAUUAUUCAGUAACUGACUGAAAUGAAAUCAUAACUGUUGUUCUGCCAGCUAGAUGAAAUUCCUCAAGAGGAAUCAUUGAUGAACCAUCCACGAUCCUUCCACUUGAGUCUUGUCUGCUCAACAGUCUUGUCAUGCAACGAACUUGUAAAAUUGGCAAAACACUCUUUCAAAUGAAGCAAUGGGAUCUCUUUCACAGAACAAGAAGAAGACCGGUUGAAACCUGUUGCUUCAACGUCACCUGUCAACGCUAACCACAACAAAUCGCUGCCUUUGUCUCUGAGCGACUCGGAAUUCACGACGAGGCAUCACAGGGCGCUCAGCAUAUUCAACCCGGUCCCAUCAGUGUCUUCUUUAUCGUUACCACCAAUGUCUCCCGUUGGAGGGGUUCCCAAGUGGUCAUUCGUUUCUAGGGGGUUUUGGUUUCCUCCACCUCCGUCUAUAGCGUCUCCUGCCCCGCCUGAUCAAGAGGAACCCAUGGAUUUGUCCAAGAAGUGUAACGAUGUCGUUACUAACCAUGUGAGUCCUACAGAGCCUUCUAAAGGAGACUUGGAGGUGCGGAGAGAAGACCUCAAUGUGAAAGCCUUGCCGUUGGAUUUGACGUUAGAAAGACAGGGUGAAAUGACUUGAGUUUGUGUUUUAGUUUUAUAUCGCUGUGCCUUAUCAUGAAUAGGUUUCAAAGGUUCCUUUUCAUCAUUCUAGAAACGGUUAAGUAGUGAAUGGUUGAAAUGUUGCA